GGGGGGCGCGUUCCUAUUGGCUGCGGCAGGCCCCCUGCCCCGGGCGUUCCGCGCUCCCCUCCCUCCCCCUUUCGCGUCCAGCUCGCGAUUCCUAGACCCGCCUGCGCUAGCGUAGCGCUGCGGGACCGCUGUUCGAGCCGCUCCCUGCGCUAAGAGCGUAGGGGGCCGGGCCGCGCAGGGCGGGCGGCGCCGCGCUAUGGCGCUGGGCCCCGGCGGGGGCGGGGGGGGCGGGGGGGCGGCCGCCAUGGAGGGGGUGCUGUACAAGUGGACCAACUACCUGAGCGGCUGGCAGCCUCGGUGGUUUCUUCUCUGUGGUGGCAUCUUGUCCUACUAUGACUCUCAGGAAGAUGCCUGGAAGGGUUGUAAGGGAAGCAUCCAAAUGGCUGUGUGUGAAAUUCAAGUUCAUCCUGCAGAUAACACACGAAUGGACCUGAUCAUCCCAGGGGAGCAAUACUUCUAUCUGAAGGCGAGAAAUGCAGUUGAGAGGCAAAAGUGGCUGGUUGCGCUAGGAACUGCCAAAGCCUGUCUGACAGACAGCAGGACACAAAAGGAAAAAGAGUUCACUGAAAACACAGAAGCCUUGAAGACUAAAAUGUCUGAACUUAGACUGUACUGUAACCUCCUUGUUCAGCAAGUGCAUAAAACUAAAGAAGCCAGCAUUUCUGGUGUAUCAGAACCAGAGAGUGGGAUUGAUAUGGGAGCUCUGUUGAAAUCAACCUGUGACACUUUCCUGAAGACUCUUGAAGAAUGUAUGCAGAUUGCAAAUACUGCCUUUACUUCUGAGUUAUUGCAUCAGACCCCACCUGGAUCCCCUCAUUUAGCAGUUCUCAGAACAAACAAGAUAAAACACUCAGUCUUGUCCAGCCACACCUCAACAGAAAGGCAGAUGGAAUUGAAUCCCUGUGAAAAUGGCUCUGUAAAAGCAGAAAUUAACCAGCAAGAACAAACCCUUAUUAAAAGUCUGGCGUGUUUAAACCUGGAAGCAAAUGAAGAGUGUAGCGAUGGUUCUGUUGAGGAUCACAUAGAAGAGAAUCUGGCAGGCAUUAAAGAAGAUGGAAAGAACAAGCUGCAAGCUGUAGAAGGCUUUGGUGCCCACACGUUGCUGCAGUCAGAAACAAAUUCUUUAAGUGGAUUGACUCUGUGUGACGAAGAUCAAAAUGAAAAUGGCUUUCCUACCUUCUUCAGUGUCAUGAGCAAUAGAUUCAGUGAUAUUGAACUUCGGGAGGAAGAAGGCAUACCAACUGAAGAGUUUCUGGAGUCAUGUUAUGCAAUUGUGCCAGUUCUGGACAAGCUGGGACCAACUGUCUUUGCUCCUGUUAAAAUGGAUUUUGUAGGUAACAUCAAGAAAAUAAACCAGAAAUUUAUAACCAACAAAGAAGAGUUUGAUACCCUGCAGAAGAUAGUGCUCCAUGAAGUCAAUGCAGGUGUAGCACAAGUUAGAAAUUCUGCUACAGAGGCUCUCCUGUGGCUGAAAAGAGGCUUGAAGUUCUUGAAAGGAUUUUUGACAGAAGUGAAGAAUGGAGAAAAGAAUAUCCAAACAGCUCUGAACAAUGCUUAUGGAAAGACGUUACGGCAGCACCAUGGUUGGGUUGUCCGUGGGGUCUUUGCGUUAGCUCUGAGGGCAGCUCCAACAUACGAAGACUUUGUAGCAGCUCUGUCAGUAGAGGACUGUGAUCCUCAGGAGGAAACAUUUUACAAAGGAAUGCAGAGGGACCUCAACAUUUACUUACCAGCCAUGGAAAAGCAGCUAAAUAUCUUGGACACUCUCUAUGAAGUACAUGGUUUGGAGUCGGAUGAGGUGGUAUGACUACAGCAAGCCAACAUCUUAAAAACUUCAGGGACUGUGUCUGUUAACAAAGAUUUUUUUAACAUCGUUUCUGUUCAUUGUAGCUUUUCAGGUGAGAAGGGUGUGAGUGUUUUGGGGGAAAGGUAUGUAUGAUUUUUGUUUUUUUGAUGUGCACAUUUUGUGUUUAAAUGCAGAGGUACUGUUUCUCUUUGGGUCGUAACUAUGUCUGUGAUGAAUGUUUUUGACUCUUUCCUCUCCUGCCUCACCCCCUGUUCCCCUCACCUCUUCAAAGUAGCAGAGCAGAAUUUGCCCUUUGCUCCCUCACUUUACAUGGGAGCCCCGCAUGCAGCAGAUCAGUCAUGAUGUCAACACGGAGCCUGAGCAGGCGCUGCUGGCUUGGAUUCUCCCGUGCCCUGUGCUGCUCACUGUAGUGAGCAUUACUUUUACCCUGGUAGCAAAGAGAAGGGCAGUUAAAUGCCAGUUCAUUGUGUAUGCUGUGAGUUUCCUUUAAUUUGGGUUGAAGCUUUUUUUUUUUUUUCAGCCUCCACAGAAAGAGGCGAUCUUUAUCACAAGCACACAUGGCUGGUGAUCAAGAGCUUCCACCAGGAACCAGCCUUUGAAACUGGGCAUUGCAUUCCCUCCCAGCUACCAGUAUGUGCUGAGUUUUAUUCCUUUCAGCUCCUGCCAGUGGGCCAAAUGUACAGGAAAUUUCCCCUAGUGCCCUCCACAGCAAGAGGAUGCUCCUGCCCAUAGCGCUCGAGCUGUGGUUCAGGGCAACCUGCUGCACCAUUUAUCGUAGUGCAGGAAGGAGACGUGUACACAUGACGAGUGGAAGGAAGGCUAUAAGCACGAGGUGACAUUUCUUCUGCACUGGUACCACCAUUGCUCCCUCUGCCCGCCAUGUCCCAGUGCUGUGGCUGGUGAGCCAGAGCCUUAGCUGGCACAGAGUGGCAGAGCCCAGCUAGUUUCAGUAGUGCUUUACACAAGCAAUUGAAAAUCAUGUCUAUCACCCUGGUUUAUUAAAGUUUUGUGUUUUUUCUAUAUUUUGGGCUUAGGUUUUUUUAAAUUAAAUUCAUACAAAUAUAAUAUUUGCUUUUAAAUUGAGUGCAGCUAGCAGUUUAAAAAGCAGAUUUCAUUAAAGUCCCUCUUAGGCUGCCGUUAUAGGCAGGACUUCAUGAAAGUGGACAUGAAGUAGUGACGCCUAGGGGAAGCUAGAAUGUGUCACUGAGCCAUUACACAUCGGGCGAAUUACAAACCUUAAAACCUGAAAUUAUGCAGAAGUGACUUGAAAUUAAGAAAGUAAGAUUUGGUGGUUUUCUUCUUCUGCUAAUAUCAAUUUAAAAAAAAAUGUGCUCCUUAGCACUGCUGUUAUUAGAAAUAAUAAAGAAGUCCUUUUAGUGAUAUGGUUACGGACAAAAUUCCUAUUUGUGUUGAAGACUAGAACACUGUCUGUGAAUUAUUUACUGCCAGUACAAGGCGUAAGUGGGUCUCUCAGUAAUGACAUAGGGAUUUGGAUAGCUUUGUCCGAAGAGAUGAGUUUAGCCCAUGUAGAGGAGGAGAUAAGAUUGUGCUAAUGAGGUACUUAAACUUAGUAAUAUCUUCAUAAAUACAGGAGAACUUUCAUUGUUGCCAUACUCACAGGAGAAAUACUAGCUUUUGCUAGGCUAAAAAAUUAAUUCUAUCUAAAAUGAAUGUACUGCAGGCCUGCUGCCCUGCGUUGUUCUGAGACGGGAGCCUCUCUGCAUGUUUUGUACUUUGUACUUGAUCCUUUCUAAGGAGCCCAGCAUUGCAAGCUUUAAGAAAAGCAUAUGAUGCUUGAAGACCAAAUGUCACACUAGGUGCAUAAAGCAAGAUAGUAGGACUGUAAUUAGGUAUUUAAACAGUGUCACUUUCUUUUUCCUGUCAUCUUCUCUGAGUUGUGCCUAUCUGUAGUUGCUACAUGCACCAGGGAAGAAUCAAAAGGAUGUAGGGUUUUUAAUUUUUGGAGUUUUCUUAAUUUAAGUAGUGUAUAUUUAUGUUAGCAUAUAAAGUAAGAACUUUUGACCAAAGCUCCAUUCAGUUAUUUCUCUACUUGCAGUGCUAAAAAUGAAGCAGAGAGCCUUUGGAAUUUGGCUGUUUGCUUCUUGUAAGCAUGAAUGCAAAAAAAAAAAAAAAAGAAAAAAAGAAAAAAACACCCACACCUACAGCAAACAACCAGCUCUCUGCCCCGUGUGGUUUCCUCAGGGUUUUCAGCUAUUAUGAGGGAAACUUUGCUAUAAUAGGUCUUAGCUGAGUGCUCUGAGAAAGCAAUAGAGACCCCCCCAUUGUCACAAAAUCAGUUGGCAUAUGGGGACAGCAGGAAGAGAUCACUCUUCUCUCAGAAAUGUAUUGCAAGAUCAUGUUUUUGCUGUAAGCUUUUCCAGUAGUAGGAAAAUAAAUCUAGCACUUAAGGGCUUGGAGGUUUUUUGGUUUUAUUUUUUAUUUCUUUUUAACUAGCAGGAGAACCACUGGUUUGUUAGUAGCGCAUCAAACCCAGUGUUUGAUGCAAAAAGUAAAGAAGCUUCAUUUCUUAAGCAAAGAACUUAACAGCUUCAUUGGGCCACUAGCUUCAGCAAUUACUAACUUCUACAGUUCUUCUUUCCUCUAACAAGCAGAUAGUAGUCCACAUCGCAUGUUCUCUAACCAAUAAUGUGGCAUCAUGCCUGAGAGCAGGCUUUCUCGUAUUACUCUGCUGUGUAAAGCUGGUCUUUCUGAACUGUGGAAUUGGUGCUUGAGAACGUUCUCAGUGGCUUCAGGAGACCCCUGAGUCCUUGUUGGUUAAUAAGGGACUUGUAGAGAUGGAACUGAGCAAGGUCACCUUGCCUUCAAAUCCUGUACUUCACCACGCACUGUUCUUGCAGGAUGUUGAGCACUUUGAAGACUUACAGAUGCUAUCUUUCCAGUCCUGCCACCACUGAGAAAGGAACCCAUGCAGCAUGUUGCAGAGCUGAACUCCAAGUUAUACCUCUAGGGAUGCGAUAGACCAGUUUUCCAAGCAUAAACAAGUAACACUGCUAGGCAAUUAACUUCUUAUGAUGUCAGUUUGGCAAGCACAGAAGGUUGUUCUUGCUUUUGAUGAUUGUAAAGGACAUACAACUAACUUCUGGCCUUCAAAUUCGGAAUUGGGAAAGAGGUGGGUGGGUUUUGUUUGAUUUGUUUGGUUCAUUGAUUGUGGGGGAGUGUGUUUGUUAUUUUUCUUUAAUGGCUGAGGUUAUAAACAACCGAUCUGCAUACUGAUCUCGGUCCAUGUGACUCUCAGAUAAACAGCACCCUUGCUCUGUAUACUUGACUUGAACUGCUUUAUUUUCUUAAACUGGUCUGAAGUUUUUGCAUCCCUUUCCUUUAGAAAUGCUUUCGGCUGUUUCCUUCGAUGUCCAACAGUUGCAUAUUCUCAGGGAUUUUACUUAGCCAUGGCAAAAUGAGAGUAAUCACAGCCUUACCCUAGGGGAGUGAGAGUGUUUUUGUGAAAUUAGUAUGGCAGGGUAUAGAACUCUGUACAGCAUAUGACAUGGACAAAGUCUAUCCAGUGCAUGUCCUUGCUGAGACAUGGUUAAUCCCAAAGCAAUCUGAUCAAAGUGCUAUCUAGUGCUGAAUAAUGGCUGUCAGCAGAUUUUAAUAGAAAUCACACACACAUCUUUGUAACGUAGUGCUAUUGGCAUUAGAGCAGAGCUCCCAGAUAAUUUCAGCAGAGUUCUGCGUAGCAAUGUGAGGCUUCUAUUUAUUUUAUUUAUUUUGUAUUUCUUUUUAAAACAAACGAUGUUCUGGAGCUCCCUCUGCUAUUUUAAGACACCAUACUCAGUUGCAUAGUGAAGUUCUGUGACAUUACAAUGGUAGAGUAUGACCUGGACGCUCGAGUGCUUUAGUGUUCAGGAGUCAUUGAAACAUCCUGUCUUGAUGCUGUCGUAAUAUGGGUCAACAAAUUCUUCAAAUUCAACAAAUGCACUUACAGUUAAGGGCCAUAUACCUUCAUUUACGAACUUUUUGUAAAGCAUCAUCAUGAUUUAGGUUACUGUUGUUUGCUUUAAAAAUGUUUCAUAGUUUGAAUAUUGUCACUUGCUUGGCUGGCCAUAUAAAAAGUGUGCCCAAAAUGUGCUCCAGUUGUUUGCAGUGUGCUUUGACAAAGGGACAUAGACCACUAUAGAAACCAGUGUUAUUGACAUGCAUAUGCUGGACCCUCUAACCCUUUCUUUUUAUUAUCAAUUCAGCUUUCGUGAAAAGCUUUAGAGGACCCUGAAAUGCCUUUAAGACAUCAGAAAAAGAUCAUUAGCACAUUCCUAUCUAGCUGUCUUUCCCUCUUUCCACCUGUUCCCCACCCUUUCCUUUCCUUCUAUUCAUCAGUUUCUUUGCUGCCAGGUGUGUUGCUGUCCAGCUGAAGCACCUCUAUAAAAGUGUGAAGCAGGAGGUUUUGUAAGCCAUAAAAAUACAAGCUUUGAAAAGCAGAUCUGAAUUCAGUGGCGGGCAACCAAACACAGUCAGGUGGAGAAUGUGCUGCUUUGACUUCAAAGCUUUGCUCUUGUUUGACACAUUCUGCCAGGAAAACCAUACCACUUUUAAUUUCACUGAUGAAAUUUAAAUCAGGACACUUCAGAAUUGGUAGUUCUAACUCUUACGAAUGAACACACUUUAUAUUUUAAAUGGGCUUACUUCUCUUGCAUGCGUAGUAUUGAAAACAAAAAGAAGGGAGGAGGGAUGUCUGAAAACUGAAUUCAUGCCUUUUUGCUACCUUGUGUAGCUCCUUGGUGAACAAACCCUGCGAACUCUGAUGUUCUGCAUUCUCCAAAUAAUAGAAAAUUACCUACGAGCAGAGGUAGUAUCAGAGCACACUCACUGGCUCAGGGUAAGGCCAUACAGCUGCUCACAGUUCGCACAAGGAUUUCAGCACUUGCUUUGAAGUUAGAGCAUAGGCAGAUGUUUCACUUAAACACACACUCUGUUGCACUGGCAUCUGUUUCCUCAAAAUGUGGCCCUUGACUGGAAUUUUUAAAUAUCCCUUUCUUGGUAUAGUAUUCCACCCACCUCCAGUACUACCCCGAUGUGCUAAUGAGCUUUUUUUUUUUAAUUAAAAAAAAAAAAAGUGUUAAACAGAAAUCAGGAAAGAAGGAAGUUUCAUGUUUGUUUACUUUAUUUUUGCAGCAUUCAGGGGUCCAAAAUUUAUUCUUUGAUUCCUUUAUUUAAUGUUACCUUGACAGUUUGUGAUAUUUGUCUACUUGAAACUAAACAAGUAAAUUGCAUUCCAGGAUAUGGUGACUAAACUGAAAACCAAAGCCGCCUGCUUCUGUGGUUUCCAUUCCUAUUUUCUUUCACUUUUCAAUCCAGUUUUGGGCAUUCAUUUUAUUAAUGUCAAGCUGAGCUUACAGUUAGCCUUACUUAGAUGAAUACAUUGUAAGAAGAGAAGGUAUAUUGCAUCACCCUUUAAAUUUAAUUGUAAGGGCUUUUUCAUGCCCCCAAACUCACCUCCUCCAGUGUAAGCAUUGCACAAAUCAUGCUGUCGUAAGCAGCUCAGUGUUGAAGUACUUCGGAGUUUCCAGUCUGCAUCAUUUCUCAGAUCACACAGCAUCUGUCUGUUUUUUCUUUCAGAGUAUUGUUAAGACCUUUGACAGACUUUUAUAUUAUUUCAUGAUAAUAAACUUAUUUUAAAUAAGCAUGUUUUAAAAUCUCAUUUUCUCCUUGCAUGGAUUUUGUUUUUUUAUUACAACAGAGGGCCUAAAGUGCUCUUCAGGACUGCAUCUGUUUGAGGUACUGUGUGAACAGUCAAAAACAGUAUGUUUCUGGUUCAUAGAAACUACCUGUAUGUAUCUUUGUAUGAAGAAUGUUAACACAUGGAGCCUGUUUUGAUUACAAGAAUAAAAGCUGCAUCUGCA